CAUUGCAUCCGCCACUUAGGGUUCAUAGCAGCCACAGAGAGACGAAGAGAGGGAUCUACCAAACGAAACAACAAUGGUGAAGUUCUUGAAGCAGAACAAGGCCGUGAUCCUUCUUCAAGGUCGUUACGCCGGAAAGAAAGCCGUCAUCAUCAAAUCCUUCGACGACGGUACCCGUGAUCGUGCAUACGGACACUGCCUCGUCGCCGGACUCAAGAAGUAUCCAAGCAAAGUCAUCCGCAAAGACUCAGCGAAGAAGACAGCUAAGAAAUCUAGGGUUAAGUGUUUCAUCAAGCUUGUUAAUUACCAGCAUCUGAUGCCUACACGUUACACACUAGACGUGGAUCUCAAGGAAGUUGCGACUCUUGAUGCUCUUCAGAGUAAGGAUAAGAAGGUUGCUGCUCUUAAGGAAGCUAAGGCUAAGCUUGAGGAGAGGUUCAAGACUGGUAAGAACAGAUGGUUCUUUACUAAGCUCAGGUUCUGAAGAAAUCUUGGAUUUCGAGAGGAAUACAUUUUGAGCUUUUUGUUAUCGAAAUUUAUCGUAUUUUUAGUUUCUAGGGUUCAUUUCCUAUGGUGAAAAAUGUGGAUCCUGUUUUGGAUUGUGGAAGAUGUUUUGUUGAAGUUUGGAUUAUGGAUUUUGCCUUUUAUUUUGAUUCUCUAUUGCAUUUUGA